AGUUGCAAUACUAGCCAAAUCUAUAUUGUCAAUGCUCACUCAAUUUUCGCGCUGCCUAAGUUUUGAAAACAACACAGUAUUGGAAAAAUAAAACAUAAAUUACAUGUCGAAACUGUGUUUAGUUACUAAUUAUUAUAUAUCUUAAAAUAGUGUGCAAUUCAUCAUCUCAUUUUGCACGAAUUAAACAACUGUUUUCAAAAGACGAAAAACAUAUCACUAUGAAAUUCCGUGCUGUUAUGAAUAACUCUUCUCCAAUACGCGAAUUCUCAACUAUUGUUAGUACAAUAUCAAAACUGUCUAAGGAGUGUGUCCUAAGGAUAGCAGACGAUAUGUUGUAUUUCAUUGUCAGCGAUGAAAACACUGGACCAGCCCCUCCGGUACUAUGGUGUGAAAUACCACAAAGUGUAUUUUUCUCUGAAUAUCAAUUGGUUGGAAUGGAUGAAACUCACCAAGACAUUUAUUUAGGAUUGAAUUCGGGUAAUCUCGCAAGAUCUUUUGUCUCCUUGAAAAAUGUAAAAUCAUUAAAAAUGAAGUUAACAAAGAAACAGUGUCCGUGCCUAACAUUGGAAAUUGAAGUGCCGUCUACAACCUCUCAUCAGACGAGGCAGAUUGUGCAUGACAUUCCAGUAGCAGUUGUGCCAUGGAAAAACUGGCCAGACUUUUAUGAACCCAGAGUACCAGAUCCUGAUAUAUCAAUAGAAUUACCAAGUUUGAAACAGCUACGUACAACAAUAGAUCGUAUGAGAACGAUGGCAUCUGAGGUGAUGGUGCGAGCUUCUGCUGGUGGUCAAUUAAUCUUACAGAUCAGAGCAGACAUGGCUAAAGUGUCUACAAGGUUUAAAGAUUUGAAUGUUGCUCAUUUUGAUGGCCCAGUAGACAAUUCGGACCCUGAAACGGACAGCCAAGGAAAUGAAGAUAGCUCAGAAAUAGUACAGUGUCGUGUUGACGCAAAGAAACUAGCACUUUUCUUGAACGUUGAUCACAUAUCAACGAAUACAACAUUAUGUAGUAUUGUGCACAAGAGACUUGUGACAUUGUGCUUACAGACAGAUGAUAAUGUUAAAUUGCAAUGUUUCAUAAGUGGAAUUGUGUAUUGAGCAAGAAAGGUGUCAAGAAAUUCAUUAGUACACAGUGAUUUAUUAAGUUAGGACCACACUGGUGGUAGGUAUCUUGUGAGUCAGUCCACACAGGGAGGUACCACCACCCUGCCUAUUUCUGCUGUGAAGCAGUAAUGUGUUUCGGUUUGAAGGGCGGGGAAGCCAUUGUAACUGGAUCCAGUAACCACUUAACCAGGCGGGCUGUGAGCCUGUCUAACCAUCUAAUAAAUAGGUAAAUAAAAAAACACAAAUAUAAAAAAAAAACUAUGUUCAAUUCAUUAAGUUAGAAGUUAAGUUUUUGUAAAAUUACAAUGUAAUUCAGAAGCCAAGCUCUGGUAACUUGUUACAUUGUAGGGGCGUUGACCCCGCACAUCAGCUGUUUUCUUAUUGUUACAUAAAAAUUAUUACUAAGAGUGAAUUUAAUUUGUUUAAUUUUAAAUUGUCGUUGACAGGAUUCGAAAUUAUUUAAUAUGUUGUUUUUAACUAAUUGCCUAGUCUUGUGUAAGCAAUAAAAAGAUAUUUAUUCGCAAAA